AUGUCAUCAGAAAAAUCACCAAGUGGCGAACAAUCAACUGAAACUGAACGACAAGGUACUGCUGGUACUGUUGGUGAAUUAGCAACACAAAAUCAAACAGGAGGUACUGCAGGACAAACUGGUAGUGGAACAGGUACUGCUGGACAAACAUUACCAACAGCAUCAGCUGAAAGUAGUAUGACAGCUACAUCAAGUACAGGUGGUGCUGCUCAUACAGAUUAA